CUUGACCUAUCCGGGCGGGGCGGGGAAGACGAAAAGGUGGUGGUGAGGCUGGGCCUUUCCGGGGGCGAUGUCGUCUGCAUUCUCAGUCAGCAAGUUCCCCGUCAGCAUCCCCGCCGUGAUCACGCAGACGGACUGGACGGAGCCCUGGCUCAUGGGGCUGGCUGCCUUCCACGUGCUCUGCGCGCUGCUCACCUGCUUCUCAUCGCGGAGCUAUAAGCUGCAGGUGGGGCACUUCCUGUGCCUGGGUGAGUACAGUUCCGCGAAGAUUGGGAUGUUACUUGCUGCAGUUUCACAAACGAAGCACAGACUGGUUCACUGCUCCCCAGCUCCUGAGUGGGUGACCUUAGUCUACUGCGCGGAGUACAUCAAUGAAGCGGCGGCAGUGAACUGGAGGUUGUUCUCGAAAUACCAGUAUUUCGACUCGAGGGGCAUGUUCAUCUCCGUAGUGUUCUCGGCACCCCUGCUGCUCAACGCCCUGGCCAUCGUGGUCCUGUGGGUGCGCAAGACCCUGACCGAGAUGACCGAGCUGAGGACCCUGCAGGAGAGGCGGAGGGCGAGGAGCAGACCCAAGGAGGAGUGACGGCUCGGAGCCGGCCCCGCGCGAGCAUCCUUCAGACCCCGUCCGCUCCUGGAAUGCACCUAGACCAGCUUCUAGGACAGAGUUUACCGCACAUCCACCAGGGCCCUCGCCGGGCCUGCAGGGGCUCCCGUCUCUCCAGUUAAGUUGUAAGCAGACGGAGCCGCGCAUGCCGCCACGUGUCCACAGCACUCCUGUGACCGUGUGAGCUACCAGACGUCCGUCCACGUGGGGACGGUGACUGAGUGAGGGACAGUGCCAUCCACACGUGGGCACCUCCGUCACCCCAUCACCCGUCACCCCCAUCAACCCCCAUCACCUCCAUCACCCCUAUCAUCCCCAUCACCUCCUAUCACCUCCAUCACCCCGUCACCCCCGUCACCUCCUAUCACCUCCAUCACCUCCAUCACCCCCCAUCACCUCCAUCACCCCCCGUCACCUCCAUCACCCCCCGUCACCUCCAUCACCCCCCAUCACCUCCAUCACCCCCCGUCACCUCCCAUCACCCCAUCAUCCCCAUCACCUCCGUCACCCUGUCACCCCUGUCAACCCCCAUCACCCCCAUCAUCUCCUAUCACCUCCAUCACCCCUGUCACCUCCAUCACCCCCGUCACUUCCAUCACCCUGUGUCACCUUGUGUCACCUCUGUCACCCUGGUUUGCACAGCGGUGGCCUCUCCGUGUGGUGCUGCCACAGGACAGAACACGAGGGGCUGCCUUGCCUUUCAUCCAGUUAGAGAUGUGACGACACUCCGAGGCCCCGCGUCGGGAUCCACGGAAGCAGUGGCUGGAUGAGCCCCUUGAGUUGUUUUCUGGAAGGAAAGUUACAAGUAAACACAGUCAACAUUCACCUGUUUCAACUAACAGGUUUUUUUAUGGCAAAUACAAAGAUUGAUUAUA